UGUUCACUUGGCGAGCGUCCUCGUGCUUACCACUGGGGGGCGCAUCUCAAUUAAUGCCGAGUAUAUUCUCAUCUCCUUUCCUUCGAAUCCACUGAUCUGAAAAGACUGGAGUGAGGAAAUAAAUCACCUUCAUCCGCCAUAUUGCUUUCUUCUGUUUUUCAAAUCAGUGCCGCCUGAGCUGAAGGAAUAGGUGAUGAAGAGAGGACGCCAUUUUACACCAUUGGGAUACAGUCAUAGAUCUGCCAGUUUUUCUUACAACUAUGUGGGGACGGACCACCUGGUUCUAACCGGGUUUACGGCCAAUUUACAGAAUAUGCCUCAUGCUCCUCGGUAGUCCAAAACCUGGGCGGACCGCGUUAAGAUCAACGUGGUUUCCCCAAAUCAGCGCGGUUUCUAUCUGCAGCUGCAGGAAGCAUAAAGGACAGAGAAAGGCGAGACAGCCAGCCCGAGGCCCGUCUCUACUACCAUGCAGCGGCCGGGUGGUCGCCAUCGCCACAAUGGCCACUCUCUGCUCCGCAAUAACAAUUCCAUGAUCUCAUACAUCUCUUCUCCUUCACCGCGCGCUUCCACCACGGGCGCCUAUGCGGAAUACUCCACCAACAACAACAGGCCGAUAAAGCCCGAGCUGGUCUGCAAAUGGACGGACCACGAUCACCGUGACCGAACUUCAAAACAAAGGAUAUGCGACCAAACUUUUAGCUCCAUGCACGAGCUGGUGGACCACGUAAGCACCGAGCACGUCGCUGGGCUCGAGCCCCUGAGCCAUGUUUGUAUGUGGGAAGAAUGCCUGAGAGAAGGAAAGGCGUUUAAAGCCAAAUAUAAACUGAUAAACCACAUCAGGGUACACACUGGGGAGAAACCGUUCUCCUGCACUUUCCCAGACUGCGGGAAAGUGUUUGCUCGGUCGGAAAACCUCAAGAUUCACACGCGCACGCACACAGGUGAGAAGCCAUUUCAGUGUGAGUUCCCCGGCUGCCUGCGGAAAUUUGCCAACAGUAGUGACCGUAAGAAGCACUCGCAGGUUCACACCAGCGCCAAACCGUACGACUGCAAGUCCCACGGCUGCUUCAAAUCCUACACACACCCCAGCUCCCUCAGAAAACACAUGAAGAUCCACCUCAACGCACUCAAGUCCUCUCCUACCUCCGAACCCAUAGACCUGUCGUUCACAGGGAUUCUUGGGAAACGUAGUUCCCGGGAUUACGUAGCUUCACGGACUAACUGCUCGUCCUCCAGGCUCUCGCUGGCUCCGACGGUGUCCAACAUGAAGGAGUGGUACGUGUGUACCAGGACCACAGGUCAGGGACAGAACUACCUCCAACUCACAGCAGACCAGAUCAAGUCAGAACCGUGCGGUGCUGAUGAGGAGUAUUAUAACCCCACGUAGCAGGAGGCUUUGCAUUAGGGACUGUGUCCACUACAAUGGAUCCUAAAUACAGGGGUAGAGGCUGUAAGAACAUCAAUAUGGCCAUGGGAUUAUUUAAAACACUUAUUAUUAUUAUUAUUAUUUUAACCUUUUAUUUAACGAGGCUAGUCAGUUAAGGACAAAUUCUUAUUUACAAUGACGGCCUACCCCCGGCCAAACCCGGACGACACUGGGACAAUUGUGGGACUCCCAAUCACGGGCGGAUAUGAUACAGCCUGGAUUCGAACCAGGGACUGUAGUGACACAACUCCAUGCACUGAGAUGCAGUGCCUUAGACCGCUGCGCCACUCGGGAGAGAUGAGCACAACACACUUCCCCUGUCAAUAUGGAGAAGGACAGAUGUAAUGGAGACUUACUGUAUGUGUGAAUGUCUGGGCCAGUGUUCAUAAUGUAGCGCCAUGUAAGAGUGCUGAUCUGGGAUCAGGUUAGCCUUUUAGAUCAUAAUGAAUACUAGAGAGGACCAGAUCCUAGUGCUGAUCUGGGAUCAGGUUAGCCUUUUAGAUCAUAGUGAGUGAGAGGACCAGAUCCUAGUGCUGAUCUGGGAUCAGUUUAGCCUUUUAAAAAUCAUAAUGAAAAAGAUAGCAUUAGACAAGGAGGACCUGAUCCAGGAUCAGCACUCUGAGGCGCUUUAUGAGUACAGGCCCUGAUGUCCGUGUGUUAUCUAAUGAGAAGCCGUAGCCAUGAAAUGUAUUGCCAUAAGAGAUUAAAGACAACACCCCUCUGAUUGACACCCGGGGGCCCGUAUUCACAGAGCGUCUCAGAGUAGGAAUGAUAGAUGAUCCUAGAUGAUCUAGGAUUUAACAGACAAAACUGGUUGUAAAUACGGGGCCUGAUCCGAGUUAGAUUCUUAAAGAUAUUUGAGCUGCGCUUGAUUUACUUAAUUAUGGAGUUGGCACUUUUCUGAUCGGUCCAUUGGUUCCUGGGUACCAGACAAACUAAAUCAAGCGCAUCUCAAGUAUUUGACAAAUGUAAUGGACUCAUGUCUGGUUGUAUAGCUACGCUACUAAAGCAGAGUGUCUGGUUGUAUAGCUACGCUACUGAAGCAGAGUGUCUGGUUGUAUAGCUACGCUACUGAAGCAGAGUGUCUGGUUGUAUAGCUACGCUACUAAAGCAGAGUGUCUGGUUGUAUAGCUACGCUACUAAAGCAGAGUGUCUGGUUGUAUAGCUACGCUACUAAAGCAGAGUGUCUGGUUGUAUAGCUACGCUACUGAAGCAGAGUGUCUGGUUGUAUAGCUACGCUACUAAAGCAGAGUGUCUGGUUGUAUAGCUACGCUACUAAAGCAGAGUGUCUGGUUGUAUAGCUACGCUACUAAAGCAGAGUGUCUGGUUGUAUAGCUACGCUACUAAAGCAGAGUGUCCGGUUGUAUAGCUACGCUACUAAAGCAGAGUGUCUGGUUGUAUAGCUACGCUACUAAAGCAGAGUGUCUGGUUGUAUAGCUACGCUACUAAAGCAGAGUGUCUGGUUGUAUAGCUACGCUACUAAAGCAGAGUGUCUGGUUGUAUAGCUACGCUACUAAAGCAGAGUGUCUGGUUGUAUAGCUACGCUACUGAAGCAGAGUGUCUGGUUGUAUAGCUACGCUACUAAAGCAGAGUGUCUGGUUGUAUAGCUACGCUACUGAAGCAGAGUGUCUGGUUGUAUAGCUACGCUACUGAAGCAGAGUGUCUGGUUGUAUAGCUACGCUACUAAAGCAGAGUGUCUGGUUGUAUAGCUACGCUACUGAAGCAGAGUGUCUGGUUGUAUAGCUACGCUACUGAAGCAGAGUGUCUGGUUGUAUAGCUACGCUACUGAAGCAGAGUGUCUGGUUGUAUAGCUACGCUACUAAAGCAGAGUGUCUGGUUGUAUAGCUACACUACUAAAGCAGAGUGUCUGGUUGUAUAGCUACGCUACUGAAGCAGAGUGUCUGGUUGUAUAGCUACGCUACUAAAGCAGAGUGUCUGGUUGUAUAGCUACGCUACUAAAGCAGAGUGUCUGGUUGUAUAGCUACGCUACUAAAGCAGAGUGUCUGGUUGUAUAGCUACGCUACUGAAGCAGAGUGUCUGGUUGUAUAGCUACGCUACUAAAGCAGAGUGUCUGGUUGUAUAGCUACGCUACUAAAGCAGAGUGUCUGGUUGUAUAGCUACGCUACUGAAGCAGAGCGUCUGGUUGUAUAGCUACGCUACUAAAGCAGAGCGUCUGGUUGUAUAGCUACGCUACUAAAGCAGAGCGUCUGGUGUAGUAAUGUAAACAUUAAGGUACCUCUGAGACGGUUUGCUCUGUUCAAUAACUGUCAGAUAGACUCUCUAAUGACUACUUCCAAUGGAAGAAAUGGUGAACGUUCCCUUGACAGCAGCUCCGGCCCUAUAGAAGCCAUGUUAUGAUGUACUUAAUGACUUGGGUGUAAAACCGUGAUGGGGUUUCGUUGAAUUCUGAAUGUGAGAAAUGUUGCCAGAACCUCAUGAUGAGUCACUCUGUUUACAUGUGACUGUGCUGAUCAGUGUGGUGGUCGUUGCUGUGUUGACUUACAGCGACGAGGUUUAUUAUUGUGUUUUAAAAUCUAUUUUCUCAGCCUUUCAUAGUGCCUCAUUAAACCCUAUUCCCACAUUGA